AUGCUUCGCAAGCGCUCAGAAGCUGCGGCAAUUGACGUUGACGUGGAGAACGAGAAUGCGGCAACAGCAAUCGCCAAGAAGGCCGAUGUCGAAGAGGCCGGCCUGGAUGCAGACAGGUGCCUAGUUAUGCAGCCCGAGAAGUUGCCCGACCGGCAAGAAUUGGAUGAUUUGAAGGAAACAGUCUCUGGGUUGCAAAGCCAGCUUCACACUUUGCGGAGGGACAAUGGUGCCCUGCGAUCAGCACUCCUUGGACGAACAGGUGGCAGUCUCCCUGUCGACGUUCCUCUCUCAUCACUUGCUCCCGAGUGCGCUUCCACAUCUGUUGGCAGCCUUCCAGCCGCGACAAGUUCAACUUCUGAUGCUGCUGCUGCUGCUGCUGCUGCUGGUGAAGAUGAGCUGGCAGAGGCUGUAAACGCCUCCGAAGGAGCUGAGUCAGGACGAUGCUGGCAGCCCAGAUGGUUCGAGCACUGUUCUUCCUGUUCUUUCGUCCCAGCCGAGGUGGAAAGCAAGAAAGCUUCGAAUUGGAGUCCUCCAUGCUCACCUACGCAAGCGGAUGCUUCAACCAGAGCGGGGAGCUGGAUCCCUUCAAACUCGUCUUCAACAUGCUCUCCUCCAAGGCCUGUCUGGGAAACACCCUCGAAUUCUGCACGAGAGCGAGCGUCGCCUUCGCUGUCUGUCGAGACACGGGCGGAGAGAGCCCCAGCGCGGAAUGACUUGGGCUGGUCCAGCCAGUUCCGGACUGGCCGGGACAGUCGCGAUGAAGAGUCAGAUCUCGAGGAGUCGGACUGCCCGGAAGCGCCUCCAGAAUCAGAGGAGGAACCUUCGUCACCUGCGACAGCACCAGCAGCAGUCUGGGUGCCCGGCGUUGGACAAACGAAGGCGAUUUCUGACGAGCGGUCGGACAGAUGGGCUAUUUUGCCAUUUCCAAAUGUGUCAACGCAACAGAUGGUUAGUGACACGAAGCUGGGCGGGUCAGGCGUUGCCCUGAACGACCGUGCCUAUUGGCAGCAUGCGAACUCAGUGAACUCCCAUGUCAUUUGGUCUGAUAUGGCGACAGUGGUUAAAGUUCAAUGCGACGACGGUGAGAUUUACCGCCUCACGCUUCAAGCAGAGCCGAGCUUCGAGUCCGUGGUGCAGGUGGUCGCGAGCUGCCGUCCUGAGUUGACAGCCGCGCUGCUUUGUGAAGGCGGCAGCUGUGCUCUGAAAUACGCCGACGAAGAAGGAGAUCUGUGCACUCUUGCACCAUCUACGUUCGUGGACUUUCUUGAGCAGCAGCGAGGAUCGAGCAGUCGCUUGCUGAAGUUGAAGCUGUUCCUUCCCAAGCAGCCAGUUUGCGAAAAAGAUGCUUCAAGCCAGCAGGAACUUGAAAGACCAGAGAGGAGAGCGCCUCUCGAAAGGCAAGGCGGGUCUGUCGAUCCACCGAUCCAAGGACCGCCGCCUGGGCUUGAGAAGGAGGAGACCGGCGAUUGCUUUGGCGGGUGCACUGGUGGUCCCGGAGCUUGGGGCCCUGGUGGUAAUGGUGGCGGGCCUCGCCGUCUUCUGGCUGCGCUGCGCAUGUUGCAGGAGACGGGGAUGCUCACUCCCGCCAUGUUCGCGUCACUGGCUGUGCAAUGGCUUCCGCUUUUGACACAGCGAGUUGCACGCAAGGUCGACAAGAUUAACCAUGUAGCUCGCGAUGGUCUCAACGAGACAUGGAAAAAACUUUUGGAAAGAAUCCAGGAGCUGGCAGCAGAGACUCCGGGAUUGGAGUCCUUUGCUUCUCCGAUCUCGGAGGCUCUUCGAGGCGGCAACGGGCAGAGGCGGCUUGGUGAAGCCAUCCUCGAGCUUCUGAAAGCACUGCGAGGGCUCAGCUUCGAGGUUCAAACGAGCUUCUGUGAGCAAGUUUCUGCCAGCCUGCUACCUUUCCUGGAGGAUCUCACCCGAUCUUGGACUGGCGAUGAGUGUGCGCCAAGCGGAAAUAUGACUCCGUGGCAGCACCAUUUCGGCAUCAAGUGUGAGGGCUGCGGUGUUAAUCCCAUUGUGGGCCCACGCUUCAAGUGCCCGGUCUGUCCCAGCUACGACCUUUGUGGCAAUUGCUACCCGUCAAAGCUCCAACUGCACGGGAAUUGCCCUGGCUGCCGCAAGGACUUCCAGUGCCUUAUCUUCCCAGGCAAAGACUCAAAGAGCAAAGGAAGCAAGGGUGUGGGAGAAAAGCCAGAGAAGGCAUCGUGUGAGCAGCGAUCUGCUGAGUGGAAGGGCUGGGCUGGCAAAGGCGCGGGGCCGCUAGGACUGGUGGCCUCGAUGGCUGCUGGACUCGGACAUGGAAUCGGGGCGGCUGGUGGCUUUCCAUUUCCUCCUCUUGGCAACGCUUGCGGAUUUCCUUUUCCUGGCAAUGACUUUUGCCGAAUGGACGAGGGGCAGCAGGAUCUGCCUUGGAUGGACCACGUGCCCUGGGGUAAGGGCAAAGGGAAGAAGGGCUGGAGAAAAGCCAAAGGAUGGCACCAAGAGGAGCACAGGACCGAAGAACUCAGUGCCAGCACGGAGGACGAGUUCGAGAAAAAGCUCGCCACCUUGCGCGAGCUGCGGCUCGGAAGUGACGAGGUACUCCGGGAAGUCCUGGUUGCUUGUGAUGGAGACGUCACACGAGUUGUCAGAAUACUUGUACAUGACUCCUGA